AUGGCAUCCCGUCACAGCCAGCCUCCCUUCCGUGCCGAGCACCUAGGCUCCCUCCUACGCACAGCGAAGCUCCUCGACACGCGUCAUGCAUGGGAAGCGGGUAAAGCGACCGAAGACGACCUCAGAAAAGUCGAAGACACCGAUGUGAAGGACAUCGUCAAGACACAGCUCGACCUGGGCUUCCACGGCAUCACAGAUGGCGAAUACCGCCGCCACAUGUUCUGGGGCUCCUUCUGGCCUGGCCUCGAAGGCAUGACUGAGAUCGCGACUCCCGAUGCCGAUCUCUUCCGCAUGUAUAUCCCAGACAUUGCGGCGUUCACGGAGGAGGGGUACAAGCCUGGUGAGACGGUGCUGUGCACGGGGAAGAUCAAGCAUAAGGGCAGCACAUACACAAAUCAGUUCGAUUAUUUGAAGGGAUUGGUGCCGGAGAAUAAGUGGAAGGAUUUGAAAUUGACGCUCGCGGCGCCCAAUUGGUACCAUCUCAGGUAUAAGGAAGGCAAGGCAUAUCCCAAGGAUGUUUACAAGAAUGACGAUGAAUAUUUUGCGGAUAUUGCAAAGGCCUAUCAGGACGAGCUGAAGAUUUUGUACGAUCAUGGGUUGAGGAAUGUGCAGUUUGAUGACCCGAACCUUGCAUAUUUCUGCUCAGAAGCCAUGAUCGCGGGCUGGGAGAAAGACCCUUUGAACACGUACUCCACGGAUGAACUCCUCGUGAAAUAUAUUGACCUUUACAAUUCCUGCGUGGCCAAAAUCCCCGCAGACAUGCACGUCGGCGUGCACCUGUGUCGCGGCAACUUUGUCAAUUCACGUCAUUUCUCCGAGGGAGGGUACGACCGCAUCGCCACCAUCCUGUUUCAGAAACUCAACAUGCACACCUAUUAUCUCGAGUACGAUACGGCACGAGCGGGAGGCUUCGAGCCACUGCAACACCUGCCCAAGGACAAGAACGUCAUCUUGGGUGUCGUGACGAGCAAGUUCCCAAAGCUGGAGGAUGAGGCUGAGAUGGUGGCCAGGGUCAAAGAGGCGGCCAAGUGGAUGGCAAAGGGAACUGGAGAGUCCGAAGAGCAGACCCUGCAGCGCUGCGGUGUCAGCCCUCAGUGCGGGUUUGCCAGCCACAGCAGUGGUAAUUCCGUCAAUCACGACGAUAUGAUCAACAAGUUGAAGCUGGUCAGGCAGAUUGCAGACAAAAUUUGGCCUGGAGAGCCUUGA